GAGGAAGUAGAACGUGAAUUUGACUUACUUUUCACAGGUUAUAAAAGAAAGCAACUUAUGGAAAGCUUACAUGUUUUAAAUUUAUCUAAGAACAAUUUGAUGCAUACAAGGUGGCUCUUGACAUGGACUUGGAAACAUUUCAAAACCACUUUAAAAUGGCGAACAAAAUUGAAAUAAAGCGUCGUUACAACCGAGAUGAAAUCUGCAAAAGAUUGGCCUUUAAAGAAGAAAAUCUCUUAAAUAAUAUUAAAAGCUUAGAAUUAAAAAAGGAUAUCUGCUCGGACACUGAAAGCUAUAGUUCCGAUUCUGAAACUUGUCCAAAGUUAGCAAGUGGAGUACUUCGAAGACCAUCAAUUUUUUAUUCCACAAAAUAUAAUAAAGAUUAUACAAAUCACCAAAUUAACAAUAAACAAAUAUAUAUUAAUAAUUCAAAUGGAAAUAUGAAGAAAACGCAGGAACGGCAACCUAAUGACCAGGCUUUCUUUUUUACGAAACAAUCGAAGCUUCAAAUAGAGGUGCGACUUGCUUUAGCCCAAUCAAGGAAAAUAGCACAAAGGAAAAUUAAGAGCCAGAAUAAUGGCGCCACGCGUAUAGUGGACAUAAUACGAACAAUGCUUUAUAGUGUGGGCAUAAAUAUGGACUCAAAUCAUCGCUGGAUAUCAAGGCAAUUACUCACAGGUGUAAAUAUAACGCUUCUACAAUUAUUGGUGGAUCGUUUUCAAGCGAUUAUUCAGCAACUAAAUGUAAAUCUUUUGGAAAGUCUGAAAGAGCGUGACGAUCUCCAUUUAGAUCAAGAUGUCAUAUUGCAUGAUCUUGAAAAAAUCAAUAACUUCUUAAAUAGCUCAAGUGCUCCGCAUAACUCAAGAGAUCCUGAUCUACCGACGGAUUUUUAGGAAUAUUUGCCAUCAAACCUAUUUAAAAUCUGUAAACCUUAUGCAAAGUCUUUAUUAUUAUCAGCUAACCUUUAGUCUGCAAAACGAAAAUUUUUGUCACAGCACUGUAGCUAAUGGCGAACAAAUAAAUUUAAUAAAAUUCAAACAAAGUCGAUCUAAUAUUAUAUGCACCCUUUAGAAUUUUGAGACCCAACAA